AUGAUUGCCGUGGAUACCAAGAAGCAGUUUCCAAACUAUCCCCCACAUAAGUGUCCUCAGACAGAAAAAACAAAGAGAACACCAUUACAACGGAAUGUACAAGUACAUGCAAAUCCAUCUCAAAAAAGGAAUAAGCUUGUUGACAAGCAGGAUCCUCAUCAUGAAAGCACAACUAUAGACACUGAAGUUACUGAUGGGCCUGUUUAUAACUAUACUGAUUUCGAGGAAGGAAGGAAGAGCAAUAUGGUAAGUGCUGCAUGUAAAACUAAUUAUGACCUGAAACUAAUUGUUACAGAAUAUAAAACUGUUAACAAACUAAAAGCUACACUUUGGAGAAAGAAUGUAAAAUUGUCAGAAUUACAGGCAGAGCAUGAUAAAAAUGCUCUAAAAUUGAAGGCCUACGAAGAAGUUAAUCUGAUUGAAGCAGUACGAAAAAUAGAAGCAUUAGCUAAAACUGGGAACACUGGAGCAGUAUUUCUUGUUGACCAGAUUCUCAAUUUUGAUAAAUAUUAUCCCAAAUGGAGUAAUGAUGUAAUUCGUGAAUGUAUUUUCAGAAAAUCUCAAUUGUAA